UCAAGGAAGUAAGAUGGCGUCUACACAGUUCUGAGUCUGCUAGUUAGGGCUGCCCAGUUUUGUGCAAACAAAUUUUUUGCAACAUCGUUUUGACAGUUGGAAGGUUUUCAUCCAGCUGUUGAAAUGGCUCGCCCUAUUAUGCCAGCCCAACAGAAGUUGGCUGAAAAGCUAACCAUUCUGAAUGACCGUGGCUUAGGCAUGCUAACCAGAAUUUAUAACAUCAAAAAGAUGCUUGGCAGUCCAGAAAAUAAACCAGGUCUCUUGAGUGACAAAAAUCUUCAGCCAGCAAUUGAUAAAGUGCUGCUGAAAAAAUUCCCACUCUAUGACAACAAAGCGAGUCAGCUGGGAGUGGUGAACCAGAAUAAGAACGAGAUCAUCAAGAGUCUGUCUCUCUAUUAUUUUACCUUCGUUGACAUCCUCAUGCUGAAGGAUCAUGUGGUGGACCUUGUCACUACCAUCGAUGCUUGUCAAGCACAAAUGGAUAUUACCUUGAACUAUGACCUGACCAAGAGCUACCUUGACCUCAUCGUGACCUACGUCAGCAUCAUGAUCCUGCUGUCCAAGGUCGAUGACCGUAAGACGGUGCUGGCUCUCUACAACUCUGCCCACGAGUUCCUGCAUGGGCGCGGGGAUCAGAGCUACCAUCGUCUGGGCCAGAUGUUCCUGGACUACGACCCUCCCAUGAAGAAACUGGCUGAGGAGUUUGUGCCCCACUCCCGUUCUCUGAUGCCAGCGUUGAUGUCGCUGCACAAAGUGUACGCACGCCGCAACUUGCCAGCCGACAUGCUGAGAAACAACCAGGUGUUGGCCGUUCUGUCGGAGCCCGCCAAGAUGGCCGCCGUACCGGAAACGGAUACGGUCCAGUGCGAUUACCUGUCACUUGAUUCAAUGGAGCGCUGGAUUAUUUUUGGCCUGAUGUUGUGCUAUCAGAGCCUGGGCGAGCCUCAGGCCUGGGACCUGUGGAAGCACGCGCUACAGAGCAGCUACAUCGUCACUCUCUGCCGCAACGAGGUGCUGCACAUACACAGCUACAUCAUCGCCUACUUCGAGACCUUGAAAAGCCAACAUAUGCAGCAUCAGCACAAGAGGAUCAGUGAGAUGAAGGAGUUUCAGCUGCAGGCACUGCAGAACUCGCCGGCCAUGCAUCGAGAACGCCGCAAGUUCCUCCGGAGCGCCCUCAGAGACCUCACUCUUGUGUUCACAGAAGAGCCGGGCUUGUUGGGACCUAAGGCCAAGUACAUCUUCCAAGGCUUGUCGCUGGCCAGAGACGAGGUGCUGUGGCUGCUGAGACAUGUGACCAACCCGCCGUCCAAGAGACACAAUGUCAAGAUGUCACCCGAGGACUUUUACGACAGACAACUGCCAGAACUCUUAUUUUACAUGGAAGAGCUGAGAGGUCUGGUGAAGAAGUACAACGAGGUGAUCCAGCGGUACUACGUGCAGUAUCUCUCGGGCUACGACGCGGUCCAUCUCAGCCAGCUCAUCCAGAACCUGUCUCUGUGCCCUGAUGAUGAGUCCACCAUCUUGUCUUCCUUCUACAAUAGUAUUGCUGCUCUCAACGUCAAACAGGUGGAGAAAAAUGAACUGUUUGACUUCCGAGGUUUUCGCUUGGACUGGUUUCGACUACAGGCCUACACCAGUGUGAGCAAAGCGGGACUCGAACUGCGGAACCAUCAUGAACUGGCCCGGCACAUGAACGCCGUGGUUUUCCACACCAAGAUGGUGGACUUCCUGGAUGAGAUGAUCAACGAGACGGGAGAUCUCUCCAUUUACUGUUUCUACACCACUCUGUUUGAGCACCAGUUCAAACAGUGCAUGGAGUUCCUGGCCCAGCACCGCUACAGCAUCAUCUUCCCCAUGAUCUGCUCCCACUUCAUGAACGCCACGCACAGCCUGUGUCCCGAGGAGCGUCACUCCAUCGGUACCACGAGCGUCCAGUAUGCCCACUGGUUCCUGCGGGAAAUGUCGGAGGAAGUGAACCAAGUCAUAACUUCCAUUUGUGAAGAGCAGUGCAUGCUCAACUACAAGCUUCUCCCCAAGCACAGUGCAGCCAUCAUCCAGAGCCAGCGUCAGAAGCCCAAGGACAAACAGAGCAAGAAGAUCCAGGAGCCGGAGAAGCCUGGGGUGGAGAGUAUACGCAAGAACAGAGAGAACUUUACGCGGAUGGACAAGCUGCACAUGGCCCUGACAGAUCUGUGCUAUGCCAUCAACUACUGCACAGUCAUACAGGUGUGGGACCACGGCUUUGUGCCCAGGGAAUUCUUCCUGCAACACCUGGAGAACAGAUUCAACAAGGCUCUGGUGGGCAUGAUGAUGUUCAACGCUGAGACCAAUGAGAUCGCUAAACCCUCGGAGCUGUUGAACGGCGUCCGCGCGUACAUGAAUGUCCUGCAGAGCAUCGAGAACUAUGUCCACAUUGACAUUGUGCGUGUGUUUAACAAUGUCCUGCCCAUGCAGACCCAGCCGGCCGACGCACAGGGAGAGAAAACUAUCACACACAACUACACGCACUGGUACCUGGAAGUGCUCCUGAUGCGAGUGGCGUGUAACCCCGGACAAAUCGUGUACUCACCUAGCCGCAAAGCGUUUGUCACGGUCGCCCAGGGAGACGGGCCCAUGCUGGCGGCCGAGGAGUACGCAGACCUCACUGAACUGCGGGCUCUGGCAGAGCUGAUUGGUCCAUACGGCAUGAAGUAUAUGGGGGAGAGGCUUAUGCUCAACAUAGCCACCCAAGUGGAUGAAAUCAAGAAACUUGUGGUGCAGAACAAGGAGACGUUGAUUCAGUUGAGGAGCAGCUUCGACAAGCCGGAGGUCAUGAGGGAACUGGUGCGCAAGCUCAUGACUCCGUACAAGAAUGCUCCGUGUGACGCUGACGUGCUGCUCAUGAGGAUGACCAGGAUUGGUAUCUUGCUGGCGUUCCGAUCCCUGGCCCAGGAGGCCCUGAAUGACGUGUUGGACCAGAGGAUCCCGUUCCUGAUUGGCUCCAUCAAGGACAUCCAGCACCACGUCCCCAACACAAAGGACUCUAUGCUCCCCGUGUCCUUGAAACAGCAGGUGGUGAAUGAGUUAGCGUCUUCGGCCGGGGAACGCUGCAGUGUGGAUCCAACCCUGUGUAAUGCCCUGCGCACUUUGAAGAGUGAACAUGCGGAGGAUGAGUACACCAUCGCUUGUCUCCUCUUCGUUUUCGUCGCUGUGUCCAUUCCUAAACUGGCUCGUAUGGACUUGUCUGUCUUCAAGGCUGCCCUGGAAGGCCACAUGAACAACUGCCACUGUCUUGCCAAGAGCAUCAACGGUCUGGCCGGAGCUCUCUUCUCCCUGUACGGUCCAGGCGACACCGAUCUCCGACUGCAGGAGUUCCUGGCGCUCGCCUCGUCCAGUCUUCUCCGUUUGGGAUUUGAAAACGACAAAGACACGGUGAAGAACCGAGACUCGAUCUACGUGCUUCUGGACCAGAUUGUCCAAGAAUCUCCCUUCCUGACCAUGGACCUCCUGGAGUCGUGUUUCCCCUACGCUCUGUUGAGGAACGCCUACCACACGGUGUACAAAGCGUCCGCUGCCGACAUGUGAGGAUACAACGUACGACAAGUCUAUGGAAGCCGACAUGUGAGGAUACAACAUACAACAAGUCUAUGGAAGCCGACAUGUGAGGAUACAACAUACGACAAGUCUAUGGAAGCCGACAUGUGAGGAUACGACAUACGACAAGUCUAUGGAAGCCGACAUGUGAGGAUACAACAUACGACAAGUCUAUGGAAGCCGACAUGUGAGGAUACAACAUACGACAAGUCUAUGGAACUGUUUCAUUAUUAUUUCUAAUCUUAUCCGAAGCAAUGACGUAUGAUGAUUAUUUUGAGCCUGAGAUUCACUCCACCAGCUAGGAAUUCUUGUGUGUGACUUCUCGUAGAUUGUGCGUUUUUCUUUUCUGUCUCUAUCUUUUAUUUUAUUUUUCUCUCUCUUUCUUUUCUUCUUCUUCUCUUUUUCUCGUUCUCUCU